AUGCCGCAAAUGCUUGUACUCAUCGGCCUGCCGGGCUGUGGUAAAACGGCGUUCGCCAAGCGCCUAGCGGCGCACGGACACAGCUGGGAGCGUAUCAACCAGGACGAGUCCGGCAGCCGGUCCCUGUGCGAGCAGCACGCAGCAAAGUUCCUCAAGGAGGGCAAGAAUGUGGUCAUUGAUCGGUGCAACUUUGACGAGGACCAGCGCAAAAUCUGGGUCAAGAUUGCUGAGGACGCGUUUGCGCCGGUGGACGCGCUGUACUUUGACAUUGACGUCAAGGUGUGCAAGGAGCGUGUCAAGGCACGUACCAGCCACCCGACGGGCGUCGAGGGCAAGUUUGGCUCUGAGGUUGUUGCGCGCUUUGACCGGCUCAUGACCCGCCCGUCGAUUUACGAGGGCUUCCGGUUCAUCCACAACAUCGCCACCCAU